CACCUCUAUUUGUACACCAAAAAAAACAUGAAGGAUCAACUUAGCCUAGCAUUUCAUGUCCUCGUAUAUUUAGGAUUGAUACAUGUUACAGCAUUUGUAGUUUCAGGUGAACCACAAGUUCCGUGUUUGUUCAUAUUUGGGGACUCUUUGGUCGAUAGUGGCAAUAACAAUGCACUCACAACGGCCGCUAAGGCCAACUACCGGCCCUAUGGGAUUGAUUUUCCACAGGGUGUCACCGGUAGAUUCACCAAUGGCCGAACUGUCGCAGACAUCAUUGGUCAACUUCUAGGUUUUCCUAAGUUCAUUCCACCUUAUGCUACCGCAGCUGAUCAAGAGAUUAGCACCGGCGUAAACUAUGGUAGUGGUAGUGCUGGUAUCAGAGAGGAAUCUGGAAGUCAUCUGGGUGAUCGGAUCAGCAUGGAUAGACAAUUACUUAAUCACGAAAAAAUAAUUUCACGCCUUUCCGCCUUGCAAAGCAAUAAGACAUUUACGGAUGAAUACCUGAAGAAAUGCAUUUACUUGUCAAAUAUAGGAAGCAACGACUACAUUAAUAACUACUUGAUACCUAGCAUUUACUCUACGAGCAAAACAUAUACGGCUGAUGAAUAUGCAGCGGUUCUUGUGCAACAGUACUCUCAACAGCUAAAGACGAUAUACAAUUUGGGAGCUAGGAAGAUUGCUGUGUUUGGUCUAGGGCAAGUAGGAUGCACCCCAGCUGAGAUAAAAAGGUUUGGCACCAACGGGAAACCUUGCGUAGAGUGGAUCAAUGAUGCGGUUCAAUUAUUUAAUGACAAGCUUAAGAGUCUUGUUGCUAAGCUUAACACUGAUUAUCAAGAUGCAAGAUUCACUUUGAUCAACCUUACCAGUAUAUCAGCACCACAGGGAGAUGUACCAUUACCGAAUACUCCUUGUUGUCAAGUAGGGGAAGAUGGACAAUGCGUUCCGGAUUCAAAGCCUUGUCUUGUUCGCGCUUUAACUGUCUUCUAUGAUGGUUUUCAUCCAAGUGAAAUAUCGAACACAGCCAUUGCAACAAGGUCAUAUAUUUCAGUGAUUCCCAUGGAUACAUAUCCAUAUGAUAUUAGUCAUUUGGCUCGACUUUAAAAGUGAAUAAGAUUAAAUGAUAGAUAUUCUUUUGUGAUUCUGUGUGUGCAUUACAAAUAAGCAAUUUAGAUGAUAAUAACAUCUUAUAAUGUGGAUGCAUGAUAACAUUCAA